AUGAUUCUAUCUACAGCAACGGGAAUAUCAGCUGUUGCUGCCCAGGGGAAGGGGAACAGUGACUGCGUAAAGUGGUGUGUAGCCAAUUUUGGCCAUCCAGCCUCUGAUUGCAUUUCACUUGCCGCCAAGUGUAAAGGACCUUGCUAUGACUGCGGUCCUGCAGCGAGUCAGCCUCCUUCCCAACUCUUGUGCAGCAAGAAGUGCGUACCAAUUGAUAACCAGAAUUGUGGUGGCUGUGGAAUCACAUGUUCCAAUGGAAAGACCUGUAAAGGUGGAAGCUGUGUUUGCCCAACUGGACUAGCCGAUUGUUCCGGAACCUGCAAGGAUCUGAAGAGCGAUAAUCUUAACUGUGGUGCUUGUGGAAAAUCAUGUGGCGAUGGCAAAACAUGCGUUAACGGCGAAUGUGUAUGCCCCUCGGGAUUAACAGACUGCUCUGGAACCUGCAAGGAUCUGAAGAGCGAUAACCUUAACUGUGGUACCUGUGGAAAAUCAUGUGGCGAUGGCAAAACAUGCGUUAAUGGUGAAUGUACAUGCCCCUCGGGAUCAACAGACUGCUCCGGAACCUGCAGGGACCUGAAGGGCGAUAAUCUCAACUGUGGCGCUUGUGGAAAAUCAUGUGGCGAUGGCCAAACAUGCGUUAAUGGGGAAUGUGAAUGCCCCUCGGGAUCAACGAACUGCUCUGGAACCUGCAAGAGCCUACAAACCGAUGUGAAUAACUGUGGUACUUGCGGCACAGUGUGCGCUGCCGGGCAAACAUGUCAAUCCGGCCAAUGUACAUGUCCCGCUGGCUCGACUCUUUGCUCCGGCACUUGCAAAACCUUCCAAGACGACAAUAACAACUGUGGCGCUUGUGGAGUAGUGUGUGGAACUGGACAGACCUGUAAAAACGGGAAAUGCGAAUGUCCUGGAGGCGCAGCACAAUGUGCUGGAACAUGCAAGAAUCUACAAGUUGAUAGCGCCAACUGCGGUGCCUGUGGAGUGAUCUGUCCUUUGCCAAGAUUAUGCCAGGGUGGGCAAUGCGUAUGUUCUCAAGGAACAACGCUUUGCGGUACGACAUGCACGAAUACCCAAACCGAUCCCUAUAACUGUGGUGGAUGUGGGCAGUCGUGUGGUGGCGGCCAUGCCUGCCAGGGCGGGCGAUGUCAGUGUACGCGGUCUGGUGGCCAAUGUGACCUGGGCAACCCCGGUGCAUGCUGCAGCCAAACGUGCACGAAUUUCCAUCCUCCGGCUCCUCCCGUCUGUUAUUAG